UCAAUUUUUUGAGAUAAUGGCUCGUGACUUAUCGUGGUAAGCAUGUCCUUCUCUGUUGCUAUUUGAAUGUAUCAGUUAAUGGGGAUUGAGCUGGAGCCCGUGGACACGAUGAACACUCUGUCUUUUUUAAAGGAUCGCUCCUCUCAGCUGGAGCCGGCUGACUUGUACCCUCUCGACGACUUGACACAAAUCGAGAGCAAAGACCAGACAAGCCUUCACCGUCACUUCCCUCACUUUCUGUCAGAGAGACUAGUAGACAUUGGACAGUCUGAUAAAGUUUUUGCUUCAGUUUGGCUCUCUGAGGAUCUUUUUCUCCUUGGCACCAAGAGCAACCAAUUGAUGUUAGUCGAUUUGUCUAAUGGACAAUUGUUUCAGCUCCCACUUCUUAAAAACAGCAGUACACCUGACUGUAGGGAGAAUACCGGUAUACACAGUAUGCAAGUAUCGUAUGACAAUCAGUAUCUGGCAGCAGGUGGUGUCAAUCCCCAUGAACUGGCCAUUUACAAGCUACCAGAAUUGACUCCAUAUGCCUUGGGACAGGGCCAUACAGACUGGAUAUUUGAUAUGACUUGGAUAUCUGAUGAUGUAAUUGUUACAGGUUCUCGAGAUUCAACAAUGGCCGCAUGGAAAGUCCCGGACCUGACUACCCUCCUAGUAGAGGAGAGGCUGUCUCUCUCGUCUCUCAUGAAUCCCUGGCCCAUCGGUCAUCCUCUGGCCGAGUCCGUCCCUAGCAUUGACAUGUUGUUUCAUUUCUCUAAUCACGUGACCCAGCGGGCGGUCUCUGGCAACAAAGUGAGAAGUCUCGUUUGUAACAGACGCAUGCAUACCCUGGCAUCACUUCAGACCAACAUUUGUGACUGCUCUGUUCAUUUCUGGGACACUCAAACAUUUCGAGAGCUGGGAUUCAUCAACCUGUUUCAUCGAUAUGAAAACGUCUGCCUUGAGAUACAGCCUGAGCGUAAUCUUUAUGCCGUUGGGUCGAGAUCUCAUGUAUCACUCAUCGACUGGAGAACUAACAACUCAACAGUUGGUUCAAUAAGAUCCAAAGACCAAGACAAUGGUGUUAGGUCUCUGCAGUUUAAUAAUGAUGUUCUCAGUGUUGGAUCAGGUGCUGGGAGUGUUUCUUUUUAUGAUCUGAGAGCAUCAAGUUAUCCCUCAUCACACUUCAACUCUCAGGAAAUAUACUCGCUAGACACCACUUGUGGAUGGGUGAGAAAAGAUGCAAACUAUCAAGAUUUCUUUAGCAACAUGCCCCAGCCUCCUAAUGCCAUUUAUACUCACAAAUACAGUCCAUCAUACUCCAAAAUGCUAGUAUCUGGUGGCCCACUACCAUUAGGACUCUAUGGCAACUAUUGCUCUGUUUGGUCAUAGACUUUGCUACAAUCUACAAGGCUCAAUUUCAUGAUCACUUUUAUUACUAUCAUCAGUAACUUAUUUAUUUAAAUCUAGUCUAAAAUCCACACUUUUGUGUCUAUAUUUAUUAUUAUUAUUAUUAUUAUUAUUAAACCUCUUUUAUGUUAAGGCAUGCAGUCCUAUUCAGAAUUGCAGUGUCUAU